AUGUUUAGGAGACUGUAUUCGACUGUUACAUCAUCAGCCCAGGUGUUGCUGACAUUCAAAAAUCCAGAAUUGCUCAAAACGAAAGCUUUUAUUAAUGGAUCUUGGGUUUCCAGUACAUCCGGGGAAAAGUUUGAUGUGAACAAUCCUGCAUUACCAUUAUCUGAAGGAAAAAUAGCUACAGUAGAGUCUAUGUCGGAUCUGGAUUACAAUCAAGCAAUAGACCAAGCAAGAAUUUCAUUUGACAAAUUUAAGAAAACUUCAGGAAGAUCCCGUGCUGAAUUACUUGAAGAAUUAUAUAACUUGAUGAUGAAAAACCAAGAGGAUUUAGCCAAGCUUGUGGUAUUAGAAAAUGGUAAACCAUACGCUGACGCAUUAGGAGAAGUGAAAUAUGCUGCCUCUUUCUUUAAAUGGUUCUCCGAGGAAGCUCCCCGGAUUUAUGGUGAUAUAAUCCCUUCAUCGAAUUCUAAAAAUAGAAUCUUGGCGAUGAAGCAACCAAUUGGAGUGUGUGGAAUCUUAACUCCUUGGAAUUUCCCAUUAGCUAUGAUAACUAGAAAAUUAGGAGCUGCAAUUGCUACCGGUUGCACAUCUAUAAUCAAGCCAGCGUCUGAAACUCCAUUAUCAGCAUUGGCAUUGGGUUAUUUGUGUGAACAGGCAAACAUCCCAGCUGGUGUAGUUAACAUAUUGCCAUCUUCUGACGCAGCAGGGGUUGGGAAAUUAAUCACCACACACCCAGGAAUAAACAAAGUAUCAUUCACAGGAUCCACUGCAGUGGGGAAAAUCCUUAUGAAACAGGCCGCCGGAACAUUGAAGAAACUUUCUUUUGAAUUAGGUGGGAAUGCACCUUUUAUAGUCUUUGAAGAUGCUAAUAUCGACGAUGCUGUAGUAGGGGCAAUCACCUCUAAAUUCAGAUCAAGUGGUCAAACAUGUGUUUGCGCCAAUAGGAUCUUUGUCCAUGAAGACGUAUAUGAAGAGUUUUCAACCAAGCUAGUCGCGAAAUUGAAUGAAACUGUUGAAUUAGGAAAUGGACUAGUUGAUGGUGUGACUCAUGGCCCCUUGAUUCAUGAUAAGUCGAUGAAGAAGGUCAGGGAACAUAUUGAAGAUGCAACUUUGAAAGGAGCAAAUAUUUUAUUUGGUGGAUCCAAGCGCCCAGAAUUGGGUCAACACUUUCAUGAUUUGACCGUGCUCGGUAAUGUGAGUACAGAUAUGUUAAUAACUCAAGAAGAAACAUUCGGCCCUGUGGCUCCAUUAAUUAAGUUCAGUCUGGAAGAAGAAGUCAUCCAAUUGGCUAAUCAUACCAAUGUUGGUCUUGCGGGAUAUUUCUUUUCUAAUGACAUUAGAAGAGUAUUUAGAGUUGCAGAAGCUUUGAAUGUGGGUAUGAUAGGUGCUAAUACUGGUGGUAUUUCUGAAGCCGCAUUACCGUUUGGUGGAGUUGCUGAAUCUGGGUUCGGCAGAGAAGGUUCUAAGUACGGAUUGGAUGAUUAUUUGGUAACAAAGAGUGUGGUGAUCGGGGAUGUUUAA